CCUACAUCCAGGUCGAUUCCUCUACGCCCUCGCUACAAACAUGGUUCUCCUCGUCACCUCCGACAAUGAGCAAUUCGUUGUAGACAAGGAAGUUGCCGAGCGCAGCGUUCUCAUCAAGAACAUGCUCGAGGAUGUUGGCGAGAGCGACCAGCCCAUCCCUCUACCGAAUGUCUCUUCGAGCGUCCUGAAGAAGGUCCUCGAGUACUGCGAGCACCAUCGCGGGGAGCCUCUGCCGACCGCUGAGUCUGAGCAGAGUCAGGAUGAGAACCGCAAGCGGACAACCGACAUCAGCGAGUGGGACCAGAAGUUCAUCACGGUCGACCAGGAGAUGCUUUUCGAGAUCAUUCUCGCCGCUAACUACCUCGACAUCAAGCCCCUCCUCGACGUCGGCUGCAAAACCGUUGCGAACAUGAUCAAGGGCAAGACGCCCGAGGAAAUUCGCAAGCUGUUCAACAUCGUCAACGACUUCACGCCCGAGGAGGAGGCUCAAAUCAAGAAGGAGAACGAAUGGGCGGAGGACCGGUAGAUUUCGACUUCGCUUGUAGCAUCACCUAUGUCGUCUCGUCCUAAACUUUCCAUCAUGCCGUCGUGUUCUGUAUUGUAGCGUGUAGUGUGAAUUGAGCGAUUCGUAGUAGCUGCUCUUUGCCCUUGGCCAGUGGACGUUCCCGUGGCAGUCGUCCCGUCGUUGUCAAGGCUGAUUGAGUUUAAAUGCAGCGUUAUUGAGACAUUUUCCACGGC